GUUGUGUAUCUCUACACGUUGUCAUUCCAGAAGGUGUCGUUGACUUUUUACUUUUUUGUUUUUUCCUCAUAUUUUCCAAUUUUCGAAUCCGAUCACAACUUUUGUGAAAACUUUUCUUUCCAAUUUUGUUUCCAUGGCGCAGCAGAACCAACGUCCAAUCUCAAACCGUUCCAUCUCUCUCCUUAACCGCAACGGUCUCCUCCUCCUUCUCCUUCUAGCUCUCUUCGUUAUCCUAGGUGUGUUCCUACCCUUAACAGGAUCUUCCUUAUUCCUGUCUCCAGACACAACAUCUUCUUCUCUUUCUCCUUCUUCUUCUUUAUCGGUCUCCGACUGGAGCGACUAUUCCCUUGCUCAAGCCGUUAAGUUUGUGGCUAAGAACGAGACUGUGAUCGUUUGUGCUGUUAGCUACCCUUUCUUGCCUUUUCUCAACAACUGGUUAAUUAGCAUUUCUAGACAGAACCAUCAAGAAAAGGUUCUUGUGAUCGCUGAAGAUUACGCUACUUUGUACAAAGUCAACGAAAAGUGGCCUGGUCAUGCCGUCCUCAUUCCUCCAGCGUUGGAUCCUCAAGCCGCACACAAAUUUGGUUCCCAGGGUUUCUUCAAUCUGACAUCUCGGAGGCCACAACAUCUCUUGAACAUUUUGGAGCUAGGUUACAAUGUUAUGUACAAUGAUGUUGAUAUGGUCUGGCUACAAGAUCCGUUUCAAUAUUUACAGGGAAGCCACGACGCAUACUUCAUGGAUGACAUGAUUGCGAUUAAGCCUUUGAAUCACUCCCAUGGUCUACCACCUCGGAGUCGAAGCGGAGUGACUUAUGUAUGUAGCUGCAUGAUUUUCUUGCGUUCCACGGAUGGCGCAAAGCUUCUAAUGAAGACAUGGGUUGAGGAAAUUCAAGCUCAACCUUGGAAUAACACCCAAGCAAAGAAACCACAUGAUCAGCCUGCUUUUAAUCGGGCACUUCACAAAACAGCUAAUCAGCAGGUAGAUGUCUACUUGCUUCCGCAAUCAGCUUUCCCAUCAGGAGGAUUGUACUUCAAGAAUGAGACAUGGGUUAAUGAGACAAAGGGGAAACAUGUCAUAGUCCAUAAUAACUACAUUAUCGGUUACGAACGGAAGAUGAAACGCUUUCAAGACUUUAAUCUAUGGCUAGUAGAUGACCAUGCUCUCGAGUCUCCACUGGGAAUAUUAAAGAUAUAUCAAGAGCAGAAUACUACUACUGAAGGGAAAAAUCAGACGAAAACAGUGAGAAAACAGAGGAAAAACAGGGGUAAGAAACAUUAGUUACCCUAGAGAGGACUUCUUCUUAUGUACAACAAGUAUAGUAUCUCGAAAUUGUUGCCCAGAGAUUUAUUCAAACUCGAUUACUUAGAUUUAUGUUCAAAGUCAGCACUAUUUCACAACAUAAUAAUAUGAUAUUUAUACAUCAAUAUAUUCAUCAACACUA